AUGAAGUACACAACUGCCAUUCUCUCUGGCCUCAUGGCUGCUACCGUCGUAGCUCAACCCCACGUUCGUCAUCAACAUGCUGCCAGACAUGAAAAGAGAGAUAUCGCUUGGGUUACAGAGCUCGAAAUGGUUACCGAGACCGUCGAGUAUACCACCACGGUUUGGGUUUCUUCUGGUCAAUUAGCAGCUCCAAGCACCAGUGCUCCAGAUGUUACCUCUACCACUUUGGCAACUAAACCAAAGUCAUCUGCCGCUGCCUCUACUUCUAUUCCCAAAUCUACCGCCGCAGUCAGUAGUAGCUCAACCGAUGGAGCUGUUCUUGACCAGAAGCCAAGCUCCUCAAGUUCCUCAUAUGUGGCUCCACCUUCUUCCACCUCUGUUUCUGUCGCUGUCCCAUCUACAACCCAUACUUCCGCAGUUAUUGUUCCAACUACCUCUUCUACCUCCGCAGUUGUUAUUCCAACAACUUCCUCUACUUCCGUAGCAGUAGUUGUCCCAACGACCUCCUCUACCUCCGUCGCAGUAGUUGCCCCAACCUCUACCAUCAUCCCAAUUCCAGUUGUUGUCCCAACCACUUCCAGCCUCGCCGCCGUUGUCGUUGCAUCCUCAAUAGUCGCAGCUGUCGUCCCAGCAAGCACCGCCGCACCAUCCUCUUCCUCCGCCACCACCUGUGGUGUCGGCUCUCCAUGCACAGGAGAUCUCACUUUCUACCAAGCCGGUCUUGGAGCUUGCGGAAUCACUACUGAUGGUUCCACCUUUGCAGGUGUUGCUCUCCCAGUCGGUCUCAUGGGUUCCCUUUCAAACAGCAACCCAUACUGUGGAAAGACCAUCACCAUCACGUGUACCUCGACUGGAAAAACUACCCAAGCAACUGUCAUCGAUAAGUGCAUGGGCUGUUUGGGUAACUCCAUCGAUCUCACUAACUUCGCAUUCGAUCAACUUGCAGACGAAGCUGUCGGCCGUACUCAAGCUACCUGGCACUUCAACGAAUAA